AUGUGUUUGCACCCGCCGGUGCAGAUCCGUUUGUUGGCCGUCAGAGAAAGUGUCUUCUCCGCUGUCGAUGCUGUUUGUCUGCAGACGCCCGGGUGGACCACGGUGGGGGGAAAUGAACACAAGUUGCGUCGCUGUCGACCUGCAUCACCCACCUGGAGGAGGCUGGACGCGCGCUCAGAGACAGGCACAGAGCUGUCCUCAAAGUUGAGAGCAAACUGCCCACAGCUCUCCGGACUGUCACCUCCAAACAAAAAGGCCAUGGACAAUCAAACAUCAACAGAGAAAGGGAAAGACAUGGCAUCUUCUGUGGACUCAAGCAUGGAACGUGUAUUUGUUGAGGACAUCACAGACAGCAGCCAUACUGACUCUGAAACAGAGACAAUCAUUCCCCUAGAUGAGUGCGCACCACAUCCCAUCAUAGAUACGGACCAGGCGGUCAUAGACAGCUUGGGGCAGCUUUUUGAACACUGCAUCCAGCAAGUGUCCCAUCUAGAGAUGCAGAGGAAUGAGCUGAUCCAAGAGCUCCUCAGUCUGCAGGAACCAAUGCUGCGGGUCGUGGAGCACCUGAGAGGGAAGCUGGUAGACACACAGAGGCUGCUAACUCUGGCUCAGCUGGAUUAUGUUGCUGUUUAUGAAGAAGUGCAGCAUGUAAAGAGGAAACUGUUUACCACAGCCAGAGACUGCAUCCAGAGCCAGGUGACGCUGGCGGCACACGAGUACGAGGUGGCUCAGUCUGCUGUUACACAGGAGGAGCUCAAAGCCCACAUCCAAAACCUGACCCAGGAGUUGUCCCAGCUCCAGGAGGCCUAUCAGAACCAGCUAAACUCCCUGAGGGACAAGGCCACUAAGCCCUGCAGGCCCAGGGCCAUGAGUGACGUUAGCCAGUGUCGCCAGGCUUCAGUCAGACUGCAGCGGCGACUCAGCGGCAGUGUCAGAGCACUGGAGGGCUGGUACGAGCCUCGACUCGUGGCCCUGCUCAGGAGAAGGCAGAUUGGCGAGGACGCUUUGAGAAAGAGCAGGGAGCAGGCAGUGGACCUGAAGGCCAGCCUGGGACCCCUGAGAGAGGACGUACAAAGACUGGAAGUGCAGAGAGCCUCUCUGGAGCAGAGGAUGACUCUGAUGGAGAGGGAGAGGGAGGAGAGUAUCACACAACACAAGGAGACUGUGGAGACAUUAAAAGAGACUCUGAGAGAACUGAAAGUGGAGUUUGAGAUUCAAAGAAAAUCUAAGAACAAUUUGGAGGAGCAUAAGGAACUCCUUUUAAAAGAGCUGAGAUAUCUGAGAGGCUGUGAUGAACCCAGUGAAACAUCUGCAGAGGAGGAUCCCUGAUUUUGUUUCCAAGGAUAUUCUUAAGCUGACUAUCUGCACAAGACCAAACUCUUAAUAUUUUAGAGGAAAUUACUUACGUACAAAUUACCUGGCAUACUGUGUCAAGAAAUAAAAACAGAUUUACUGUAGAUAUUUU